AUGGUUCUGCACAACCCCAACAACUGGCACUGGGUGAACAAGGACGCCUCGGGCUGGGCCAAGAACUACCUUAAGGAGAAGCUCGUGGUCCUCUCCGCAGAGGACAAUGGCGCCUCCGCCAAGAUUUCCAACCUGCUGUCGAUGGAUGGCGAUGUAGACGUCAGUCAGAGAAAGGGCAAGGUCAUCACCUUGUUCGACGUCAAAGUACAGCUGGAGUAUGAAGGUAAGACCAAGGACGAGGAGGCUGUUAGUGGUACCAUCACCAUUCCUGAGGUAGCCCAUGAUACCGAGGAAGAUGAGUACGUCUUUGAAAUCGAGAACUAUUCCGAUUCCCCCUCCAAGCAGGCCGUGAAGGACAUUGUGCGCUCCAAGCUCGUCCCUCAGCUCCGGCAAGAACUGGCCAAGCUCGCUCCGGCUUUGAUCACCGAGCACGGCAAGGAUCUCCAGCAUGCCCCCGGUGUCAACCCUUCCAGCGGUUUCGCUGCGCCCAAGUACCACCCCCAGACUUCAAAGGAGAACUCCGCCCCCGUCACCACGACCACCACCACGAGCAACAAGGUCUCCGUCAACACAACCACCGUGACUGCUUCCGAUGAGUUCCGCACCACCGCCGAAGAACUCUACAACACUUUCACGGAUCCCCAGCGCAUUGCUGCUUUCACCCGUGGCGCGCCCCGUCAGUUCGAGGGUGCCCACGUCGGCGGCAAGUUCGCCAUCUUCGACGGCAAUGUCAGCGGCGAGUUCGUCAAGCUCGAGCCCACCGUGAUCGCGCAGAAGUGGCGUCUGGCUCAAUGGCCCCAGGGUCACUACAGUACCCUUGAGAUCAAGCUCGACCAGAACGACGUCGAUGGUGUGACCCAGAUGCGUGUGUCCUGGACCGGUGUUCCCGUUGGCCAGGAGGACGUCACUAAGCAGAACUGGGACGUCUACUACGUCCGCAGCAUUAAGCAGACUUUCGGGUUUGGCACUAUUCUAUGA